UGAAUACUGAAAGCAUACGUAAAGCUGGAAAUGAAACCGAUGAAUUUUCUCCGCAACCAUCCGAUUCUUCUUCAGCCAGCCAGUGGUUUUAGUUACUACCUUAUGAUUAAACAAUGCCUUCGCCUUGUUAUUCGUAUUCGUAGUUAGUUGACUUUAAAAUCCCCAUCGGUUCGGUUGCCAUCAUAUUCAAGGUUUUGUCCAUCACUUCUUGUUCUCGAAUUUCUUUUUAGAUUAUUUGUUUGCAAUUCCGAUAGGGCGAUAGCGCACAACCUGACGUGGUAGAUUACUUUGGAGUGGGACAACCAUAAAAUAAUAAACGCACAGGCAAUCAAGGAAAAUAAUGUUUAAGAUUUGAAUGAGUGAAUCACAUAUUACGAUCGAAUAAAAAAACACCAAUUAACACAAAUUGAGCUAUACCGAACUCAUCAUGUUGACCAUAUUAACGGCAAUUUUUAUAUCACUUUUUGUGAUGUUUUACUUCUUUAAGACUUCCAAAGAAAUGCCUAAGAAUUGGUAUGAAUGGAAAACUGAGUUUAGAUUUCAAUAUGUGGGAGCCGUUGGGCUAGUUCAUGACUUAAUAUACGCAUCUAGAGACAAAGUGGCUCUCUACCCUCAAAAUGACAAGGUUGCUGUAAUUACUGGAGGUAACCGUGGAAUCGGAUUGAAGAUUAUUGAAAAACUCUUAGCUUGUGAAAUGACAGUUGUAAUGGGAUGUCGUGACCCAAAAGCUGGUGAAAAAGCUGUAUCACAACUGGUUAACCUGUCAAAAACCAAAGGGAAAUUUGUGUGCGAAGCAUUAGAUGUUGGAGAAUUGAGCUCCGUGCUAGCUUUUACAAAAUUUGUAAAAGAAAAUUAUAAAAAAGUUGAUAUUCUUAUAAAUAACGCUGGUAUAAUGUUUGCUCCGCUGCAUAAAACAUCUGAAGGCUUUGAAUCUCAUUUUGCGGUGAACUACUUGGGGCAUUUCUUUUUGACUCACUUACUUAUGCCGCAACUCAAAGCGGCAGGUAGUAAAGGUAGAAGCGCAAGAGUAGUAAAUGUUUCUUCAGUAGUCAAUUUAAUAGGCCGAAUCAACUAUAAGGAUAUCAAUGGAGACAAGUACUAUUAUCCUGCUACUGCCUACAAUCAGAGCAAAUUAGCUCAAAUUCUUGCUACACGCCAUCUAAAUAAAAUGCUGCGAGAGCAAAACGCAAAUGUAGAAAUAUUUGCCGUUCAUCCUGGGGUAGUUGAUACAGACCUAUUUGAAUACUCUGCAACAACAUCAGUUCCACUGCUAAAAAAACUGAUAUUUAAAACCCCAGAACGAGGUUCCAGGACGAUAGUUUAUGCAGCAAUUGAUCCUUCCCUUGAAGGAAAAGGAGGAAGCUAUCUAAGCAAUGGCGGAAAAAGUCCAUUCCAUCCGGAUGCCAAAAAUCCAGAAAAAUGUGAAAAGCUUUUUAAAUUCACAUGUGAUUUGUUGAAGAUCAAAGAAUUUGGCAACGAUAAAAUUUAAUUCUUUUAGCAUUCUUUACAUGUAAAAGACUUAAGCACCUUUGAAAGGUGCAUGGUAUGCAGUGUUGUUUUUUUAAGUCUACAUAAAAUUUAGAUAUGGCAUUUGCUUAGUUUUAUAUUUCUUAUUUAUUUGUAUUGCUUUAAGACAGUGAAUCACUUAUAUACAAAACAUUUUAUAAAGAAAA